GUCCAUUCAAGCGUCUGACAAAAUGAACACAUAAUACACCUGCUAUCUAUAUCUGCCUAUCUUAUGAAUAGGAAAACUAACACCAAUGGGCCAGUAUGGUUUUCUUUUAGCAUAGAAGACGAUCUACUCUGUCGGUCAUGGCAGACCCUAUAGACCCAGUGCCAGCCCUUUGACAAGGACUCGUCGAGAUUUCGCAAUGCGCAAUUUCGGGACAGGCUCUUGUUUGUAAUCUGCCAAUCUAACAUAUUCGAGACUCCAAUUCUCCCUGUGCUGGCUACAGACUAUUCGCCUGUCUUCCGCCAUCGCCGCCUCUCCCGUCAGGCCUCCCGCAGGCCCCAACCUUUCAGCAGCCUCAGGCACUAGCGGAACUUCCCUUAUCGACAAGGUCCAGCGUUUCUCAGCAACUACCACCCCGACGAUGGCCGAAUGGUCUAGGGCCCUGGUUCCCUCCCUGCUGUUCGCUCAGACGGCGUUCUUCUUCGGAGACGUCGAUCGUACGAAUCUCGCUCAGGCCAAUACCUGUUCGAAUUCGAAGCCGACAAGGAAGUCUUCAGAUGGUGCGAUCGCUGAUUCAACUCAGAUGAUAGACAGGGUUUGCCAGCCCGUGUCGCUAAGAAAGCACGAAGACAUGGGGUUCCCGAAUGGAUCUUCUGUAGUUGGCCUUUUUUUGCUUUUUGUUAUAGCUUUUAGUUCUAGCUGGAUGAAGCUAUAUGGGCCCACAAAAAUGCAUUUUUUACAAAUUCGUUGAAAAAAAAGCUCUGCAAUUUCUGAUUCAUAAUCUAUGUCGAUCAUUCCAGCGCGACCGUGGGAUUGAAUUUAUAUGGGCAAUUCAAAAGAUUCCUGCAGCUUGAUCUUGGGCUUUUGAAGCUAUUCGCGAGCGCGGCGGCACGCUGUUGCUCCCUUCUUUCCUUGCUCGAAGCACUUCCCGCUUUCCGAUCUUGACGCGCGACUGCCCAUUUCACCCAUCGCAUUCGCGUCCUCCCUACUUCUUCAUCCAGCGUGUAUGAAGUAUUUCCCGUACUCUGCCGUUUCCUUCCCUUGUACAAGUAAAUUGGAAGUUCUUCGAAAAGCC